AUGGCGGAGAAACCCAGCAAAGAUAAUGCAACGGAGAAUGUGGUGGCGGCGGCGGCAAAAAAUACGGACAACAGUCAGUUGGAAACGAGUAAGGCGGAGCGACACGUGUGGCUCAUGAAGUGCCCUCCCGUUGUCUCACGCGCCAUGCAAAACAACCACCUCCCCCAGCCUCCGCCUCCGCCUUUCUCCGCCGAUGGUGCCAAAGACCCUUUCUGUAACUCAGGUCCCACUGUCGCCAAAGUCAUCGUCUCCGUCGAUCCCCUCCUCCCCAAUAACGAUUUCUCUUCCACCCAGUUUACCAUGGAGUUGGCUGGUAAUGCAUAUGGAAACAUACCCAAGUGCUACUCUAUGGACAUGUCCACCGAUUUCGUUCCUAUGUCCGUAUUUUCUGAAUCAUGCCAAGGUAAAAAGCUUUCCGUUGAAGGGAAAAUAUAUCACAAAUUCGACAUGAAGCCUCAUAAUGAAAAUAUGGAGGACUAUGCAAAACUAUGUCGGGAAAGGACGAACAAAUAUAUGACUAGAACUAGACAGACACAGAAUCUCUUUUCCGCCAAUUUAACAUUUGCUCCGCAGUUUAUCGAUGACGAUAGUGGAAUGCAUAUGAGGAUGAGGCCUAUGCUUGGGACAGUUGGUUCAAAGCCUUCUGGAUCCACGGAUAAAAGGAAAAUGGCCACGAAGGGUUCAGAAAUGAAAAGAACGAGAAGGGACCCCGAAGAAAUGGAAAAGAUCUUGUUUAAGCUUUUUGAAAGACAGCCAAAUUGGACGCUAAAACAGCUUAUUCUUGAGACGGAUCAGCCUGAGCAAUUUCUGAAGAACAUGCUUAAACUUCUCUGCAUUUACAAUAACAAGGGAACCAAUCAAGGAACCUAUGAGCUCAAGCCUGAAUACAAGAGAUCAGAAGACAAAUCAGAUUCUCAGUAG